CUCAUCAUGCAUUGCACGCCAAGAAAUGGGAUCGCGAGCGCAAACAAGCCCAUGGGCCACAGUGACGGUGAGUGCCCAGUUGCCGCUUCAUUCAAAUCGCGCUUCGUCGAAUUGCAAUCUUCGCAAGCAAGUUUCGUUCCUCUCUAUAGCGGUUGAAAAUCCUCCAUAUCUCCUCUCGAUCCCAAGUUGUUCAAACUGACAUUGACAAUGAGCUUCAACUCCACUCGCUCUGCCAAUUCCGGUUCCAGAUCGAAGCGAAGCUUCAAUUCGCUCUCUUCAAACCCUUCGAGUAACGGCAACAAUAAGAAGAGGAAGACUACUCAGAAAACCCUAGGCGUGGGUUGGGGUUCCAAUUCUCGUUCUUCCUCCCGCUCCUCCUUUCGCAAUUCGCCUUUCUCCGAUUUUGGCAGUUACAUGGAGGUGAAGAAUCGGAAAUUACAGGAACAGUUUAAUGCUGAAGCUUCGAGUUCUUCUAAUUCUGGUUCAACUAGUGGGAAGCCUAUUUUUCAAGGGGUUUCUAUUUUUGUUGAUGGAUUUACUGUGCCAUCUAGUCAGGAGCUGCGAGGGUAUAUGCUAAAGCAUGGAGGACGAUUUGAGAACUAUUUUUCAAGGCAUCAUGUUACUCAUAUCAUAUGUAGUAACCUUCCAGACAGUAAAAUCAAGAACCUGAGGUCCUUUAGUGGUGGAUUACCAGUAGUGAAACCUUCAUGGCUGAUGGAUUCUAUUGCUGCAAAUAAACUAUUAAGCUGGGUUCCUUACCAAUUGGACCAGAUUGCUAGUGAAGCUCAUAACCAACCAAAGAUAUCAGUUUUUUUUGCUUCAGAAAGCAGCCUAGUCUCCAAGGAUUCUGAAACUUGUGUGACGGGUCAAAUAAAACCUAAAUUGGAGGAUCCUUCUGCAAAAUCUGGCACAAUUAAGGAGACUAAUUUAUCUGAAUCAUGUGGAUCCAUGCAACACUCAGAACCAACAGGCAGGGAGUGGGAUGACAGUGUGGGCAAGAAUAUUGCACGAGCAGUCACUCAGGGGCCGGUGUGCAUUGAAAGAGAAUGUAGUGAAGGGAAGUCUGAUAAAGGAAGUGAUGUUUGUACAAUUGGUGGGAACACAGGAGAAAUUCAUGAUCAAGCUAGCCCCUCUCAACCUUUUGUUUCAGUUAGCAGCUAUAUAACUAAAAGAUCCACACGUCCAACAGUUGUUGAGCCUUCUAACUGGCAUCGUUCAACUCUACACGACCCCAAUUUUGUAGAAAAUUAUUUCAAGAGCUCUAGGCUUCAUUUCAUUGGAACUUGGAGAAAUCGGUAUCGCAGACGUUUUCCCAGUUUUGGGUACACAAGUUCCAGCGUUAAUGUUUCUACUCGAAGAACAUCCAUAAUUCAUGUGGACAUGGACUGUUUUUUUGUCUCAGUGGUUAUUAGAAAGCAUUCGGAAUUACAAGAUAAGCCUGUUGCUAUUUGCCAUUCUGACAAUCCGCGCGGAACAGCUGAAAUUUCAUCUGCAAACUACCCUGCUCGUGGUUACGGAGUACGGGCUGGAAUGUUUCUUAGAGAUGCCAAGGCUCUUUGUCCUCACCUUGUCAUUUUUCCUUACAACUUUGAAGCAUACGAGGAGGUGGCUGAUCAGUUUUAUAACAUUCUACAUAAGCAUUGCAAAAGAGUGCAGGCUGUAAGCUGUGAUGAAGCAUUUUUGGAUGUCACAGAUGCUGAAGUUGAAGAUCCUCAGUUUUUAGCAUCAGUAAUUAGAAAAGAGAUCUUUGAAACUACAAGGUGCACUGCAAGUGCUGGAAUUGCUGGUAAUUUGCUUAUGGCCCGCCUUGCCACUAGGGCUGCUAAACCAGAUGGUCAACGCUACAUCCCUCCUGAGAUGGUGGAUGAUUACUUGCAUGAACUUCCAAUUAAGGAACUUCCAGGAAUUGGGCAUGUUUUAGAGGAGAAAUUGAUGAGGAGACAUAUUCAGACAUGUGGCCAGUUGCGCAGGAUUUCUAAGGAAUCUCUUCAAAAGGAACUUGGGAUAAAAACUGGUGAUAUGCUAUGGAACUAUUGUAGAGGGAUUGAUAAUCGACUGGUUGGUGUAAUCCAGGAAAGCAAGUCUAUGGGUGCUGAAGUAAAUUGGGGUGUGAGGUUUAAUGAUUUGAAAGACUGUCAUCAUUUUCUCAUGAACCUCUGCAAGGAGGUCUUGUUGCGCUUACAGGGAUGUGCAGUACAAGGACGCAAUUUUACCCUUAAGAUAAAGAAACGAAGAAGUGAUGCUGAGGAGCCAGCGAAAUAUAUGGGGUGUGGAGACUGUGAGAACUUGAGCCAUUCCACAACGGUUCCUUUGGCUACUGAUGAUGAGGAUGUGAUCAGAAGAAUAAUGGUACAACUUUUUGGUUCCUUUCAUAUAGAUGUCAAGGAUAUCCGAGGCAUGGGCUUGCAAGUUUCAAAACUUGAAAGUACGGAUACUGCUAAGCCAGGUCAUGAAAGGAACUCUAUUCGUUCUUGGCUCACUUCUGCCUCAGCAAGUACAAAAGAACAACAUAUAAUUGCUUCUCUGGCCAAAGAGAGUGCCAAUAGAGAUUUUGGGGAACAAAGUAUUGAUGUAAACCAAGGUUGGUUGUCCACUGAUUCUACAGGACCUUCAGUUCAAAUUGGGACUAAUCUUUCAAAUGCCAAUGUGCCUUUAGAUCAGGAUUCAGCUCUACCGUCUAUAGAAGAUCUUGAUCUGGGAGUAGUAGAAAGUCUGCCUCCAGAUCUUUUUGCAGAAAUUAAUGAUAUGUAUGGUGGGAAAUUGAAUAAUAUGAUUUCAAAAAAGAAAUGCCAAAAUGUUGACGUCUGCAAUUCUCUAUGUAGUAUGUUGCAGGGAAGAGUACAAGUUGCAAUAAAUGAGGUUAGGGAAUCCUUUGGCCUUGAUCCGGACAGUGCCAAUGUAAUCUCAGUGGAGGAUAAGGAAGACAAAUAUGAGGUUGAGAAAAUUCAUGCAGAGGCUGUUUCUGGAGUGGAACCUUCAAAGGCAGUCAUUUCCAGUUCAGUUCCUGAUAAAAUGGAUUUGAUGCCUUCCUCUCUAAGCCAAGUAGAUAUUUCGGUGUUGCAACAACUUCCUGAAGACCUGAGAGUUGAUGUACUGGGGUUGCUUCCUGCCCAUAGGAGGCCAGAAGGUGCAUCUUUUGUUGCUUUGGGUGCCACAUCCAAAUCUGAGUCAGAUAAGUGUCCUGAGAAUCAGACUGGGUCAAUCAAUCCUAUUUUGAAGAAAGAACUUUGGUUUGGUGAUCCACCAGAAUGGGUUAAGAAGUUCAAGAAUAGUGAUUGCUCGGUGUUGAGAAUUCUUGCAGACAUGUAUUACAAAUCUGGAUCAACUAGCUGCCUCUCUUCUAUUUUGCAACGCACUCUUUCAGAUUCUAAACAUUUUGUGAAUGCAAGUAGUGAUGCAGAGGAGGAGGCUAUUAGCUGCUUGUGCGAUCUUCUCCAGCAAUAUAUUGAACUAAAGAUAGAAACAGAUAUUGAAGAGGUCUAUGUUUGCUUUCGCCUUCUUAGAAGCAGGUUUACUAUGAGGUCAGAAUUUGUCUUUCAAAGUUACAGUCUUAUCUAUCCUCGCCUGCAGGUGUUAAUCCCAUUUUUGUGAACCUAGUAUUAGCUACAAUAAGCUCAUAUGCAGGGGCAAAAUCCAAAGUAGUUUUUCCAUCAAGAUUUCUUUCUCCAAAUCAAGAACCUCCAUGUACGUCUCUAUACCUAUUCACUUCUUUGCCCAUGUGACUAUUAAAGUCACCUCCUAUAAUGAUUUUGAGUUUGUUUGGCCGUGCUGUGAUUGAGGAAAAAAGUGAUUUUAUAGGGAAAAAAAUGUAAUAAAUUUUUUAUUGUUUUAAAUAAUCAUAAAAUAAUGUUUAAUAUACAAUCAAUAUUAACUAUAAAAGUAUUUUUGUCAAUAUCCUUUUUGGUAAUUUGAUUUUUAGAAGUACUCUUUGCAUUUGCUAGCUAAACACAUAUAACAAUAUUAAACACGUGUUUAAAUAAUUUGGGCAAACACAAAGAUUACUUUUUAUAAAAAGUGAUUAUUGUAAAAGUGCUACUCUUAAAAGUGCUUCUCAAGACAGCAAAAAUUUUACAACAAUACCAAAUAGAGACUUUCUAUCCUCUCUGUAUUCUUGUACCAGCGCCUCUAAGAGAUCCCAAAAUUGUCCUCAUCUUUUCUCCUAACCAAACUUGUGGUACCCAACUCCAUUCCUUCCACAAUCCUAGGAAAAAUAUGGGUUUGUUUCUUAAAAAUAUGUAGUUUAAAAGCACAAAGUUUCAAAAAGUAUUUUACACCAUUUUCUGCUGGAAUUGGCAAUUUUCUAGCAGCAUAACUUCAGGAGUAAUAUGGUGGCAGUACAUGUUUUGGAAAAUCUUGAAAAAUAGUUUGUACUCCAAAAAUAGUUUUAAAUAUUCUAGAAAUAGUUCAUACCCCCAAUUUUUCAAGCUGAGCCAAGGUUACAAUUUUAAAUCAGUUUGGGCAUCGCAUAGCAAGGGCUACCCACCUGACUUCUGAGUGAAUUGCUGAAGUACAUUGCCACAUGAAAAAAAAAUUAUAAGUUAAAAAAGAAACUGAUUUUUUCUUGUAGUAGGGUCAUCACAUCAACAAUGUGCAGUGGGCGAUUAAGCACACUUAGCAUUUGAGGCCAUAAACUAAUACCUUUUUGAGGGAUGUCUUUUAGUUGGUGUAUAUUUAUGUGGUACUUAUUUAUUCAUUACCCUGAAACUUUUCUUUUUAAAGUAAUGCUCUUAUGUUUUAGGCUUUUGUCCGUGAAAAUUAUGGAGGAACCUUGCUUAUCUCAGAUGGGAAGGACUAGUGUUUCUAAUCCUAUGAAUUGAAUGCUUCGUGUAUGCUCUAAGAACAAAUUUUGUCACCCAACAAUGCUUUGUGAUAAUCUGGACUGGAACUAUUAAGUCACCAGUUUGGCUUCAAGGAUUCGGUAUUUGAUCAUUAAUCCAAGGGCAUUAUAUGCUGUGUGUGUAUGUACGGAUGUAAUUUGGCAAGAGGUUUAAACAUCUGCAUCCAUGAAUUAGUUUCUCAACUCUCUCACAAGAUCAGCAAUAUCAGAUGAUGAGUUCCUAAGGACAAAUAGCAUCAUGGAAUCAUACAACAGACAAAAAAGGCAUCUGUCGGUGUAAACUAUUGGAGCAAGCUUACAUAUUUCAGAUGGGAAAGACUACACAUGCUUCGGUGCAAUAUCUUCAUUUGGAAGGAAUCCAUUUUAUUUUAUCCUUCAUUUUAGCCUAUGUUGGUGAAAUCUAUGUACAAAAGCAUGUCUAGCGCCGAGCUUUGUAUGUCAAAGGGCCAUCAACUUCUUUGCCCAAUGAUGCAUUACAAUGUUCUGGAUAAGAAACAUAUUAUAAUCCUCUAGUUUUCCAUGAUUUAGGAUAUGAUUGGCA